GAACAAUCUCUUGCUAAUGCCUAAAGGUGCUUCAAAUCAACGGUUCGCUCCUUUUGAAUGUUCUCGACGACUUAAACGACAGCAGAGGCGGUCAAGUUAGUAAAGCCUCAAUUAUGCUUGUUUGCAAUGAAUCCAUCACGACAAGAGGUCUUCCAGAGACUUCGCACACCUUGCGUCGAACUCAGUUCGGUCGCUCUCAGGUUCAAAGCCGGUCAAGUCUCGCAGAAAGCACUACUUCUUUCCCUUGAACCUGCCCACGACGUGCUGAAAGACACUGGCCAACAAAACCUGCUCGAUGAGAAAUUGGCGGAAUACGCAUUUUUCCCUCUCACUCACAUCUUCAACCAAUCCCGUCAGUUGUCAUCUCAGGUACUACAAGUCGCUGUACAAUGUGUGCAAAUCUUGGUAUCCCAAGGCUGGAAAGACAGGCUGAGUCCAGAAUUGGGCAGGCAAUUGCUCUUACUCAUGUGUCUCAUGGUUGGCUCGCCUUCAUCUCAACAUUCAAUUACAGAUGAACUGAAGUCAUCCGUGUUCAAUUGCAUUGCCACAAUAUUGCAUCAACUUUCCCAAUCAAAAUCGAACUUCCUUGACGAUGUCGCGCCUAAAAGCAUUGUGGAUCAAUUGGUCUAUCAGAUUCUGGAGGACAUGACAACCUCUGAAUCGGAGCCAGUGCAGCUUGCCACAGCACAUGCUCUCUCAGAGCUUCAAAUCGCCGUUCACAAUCCGAUCUUAUUAGCGAGCCUGCUUCCGCGCACCAUAUCUUCGCUGGUCAAGGUUCUACGGCCCAGCACGCAAGCCCGCCGCUCUCAGAAAGUUUUUGGAUCAUAUCUAAACCUCAUGGCUCUAGUCAUCAAACAGGUUCUAGAUGACUCGGUUGUUUUACCCAAGCAUGAGGGUCAGGAUCUUCAUUCAACUCCUGCUACAGCACCUGAACAGAAGGUCCUUGAUCAGGCAUGGCUGAAAGCAACUGCUCCACAGGUCGACAUGGCAUUGACACAAGUCACCAAAUUGAGACAUCACAAUGGGCCAGGCGUCACAGAAGGCCUUGUGGAGCUCUGUUUGGUGGUUAUCGAGAAUUGCCCAAACUCCUUGUCCAUAUCGUUGCCUUUGAUGGUCGAGACUUUGAUCGUCCUCUGUCGCUCUCCGGCCGGUGACAAGGCCCAGGCUGCUCUCGAUCAUCUGUUGAUAGCCCAGCCGGACCUUAUUGAUAUCAUGAAGGCGAAGUUUCUGACUUGGUCACAGGCACUCCCACGGGUCAUGCUGGGCAAUGAUGACAGACCCAAACAGCAGAUGCUUGGAAUGGUCGCGACCUCAUACGUGGCAUUGGCCGCAAGCCUCACCACCACAGCUGAUGUUACCAAACAAAUUGCAUCAGUACUCGUCGACAGUGUGUCAGCUGCGGUUGAGUCUGGCACUUCUCAAAGAAAAUUAAUCAACGAGGCCCCCUCAAACUCGUUCAGUGAAUUGAUGAAGCGAUCCGCGUCUACGAAAUUGGAAUUUGAUCAAAUUCUACUGGACCAUCAAAGUCAACGAGAUUCAGCGCUUGAGCUGAGGUCGUUGAUCUCAUUGAUUCGAUCAUCAGCAAGCAGUCACAAAAUCAUUCAAAGCCUUGUCGAACACGCAAGAGACUCAAAUACCACCCGACAGCUCGCAGCCACUUGGCUCGCACUAGAAUUUUUGGAACCCUCUAAUGAGGAAUACUUUGACGUUGGUGAUUUCCUCGACGUCAGCGAGGCGGAUGUUGGUCCCUCAGAUUCCCGGCCCUUCUUGAUUUCAGAUCUGUACGCCUUCAAUAUAUCGUACUUGUUGCAACAUGCGGAAAUGCCAGAGCUGCCUAGUCCUGACUGGCGUCAGGUUGCAUUCUCGAUGGAGUGUCUCAUCCUUCAGGCGGCCCAACUUGGGCGUUCCUAUCGCCCAGAACUGAUGGAGACGCUUUAUCCAUUACUCACACUUUUCAGCAGCGGGAAUGCAAAACUCCAAAGCCAUGCGGUCACUGCACUUGACCUGCUCUCCCGUGCAUGUGAGUAUGACAAUGCCACCGAGAUGCUUAUUGACAAUGUGGACUACUUGAUCAACGCCAUUGCUUUACGCCUCAACACCUUCGAUGUCUCUGAAGACGGCAUUCAGGUCCUCUGCAUGAUGGUCCAAUUAUGCGGAGCACGACUUCUUCCAUAUCUCGAUGAUCUCAUUGGUAGUAUCUUUGGUGCGCUCGACAACUACCACGGAUACCCUCAGCUGGUGGAGCGUCUAUUCUCCACGCUGUCAACAGUUGUGGACGAGAGCGCAAAAGCACCCGCAUUGUUGGCAAUAGAAGCGAAGCAAAACGACUCCAGCUCCAACUUCCACUCGCCAGGAGCCUCGGCUGUGAAAGACAUCGUUGCAGAUCUCCAGACUCGUAGUAGCCGUAAUGCAAGAACAGACGCCGAACAUGAGGAAAUUAGCGCAACACCUCAGCGUCCAUGGAAGCCAACUGAAGAGGCGCACCGAUCCGCAGACGACAAGGCCUCUGAAGACGAGCCGAUGAUCAAUAAUGAGGACGGGGAUGCCAAAGCAGGAGAUUUGUCAACCGCACAUCGACUGCUUAUCCGGAUUGCAGAAUCUACAGUGUCGCACAUGUCAUCACCUUCACCUAAGGUGAGACUGACGAUACUGGAUCUCCUCCGCACGAUAUGUCCAAUCCUUUCUGUUCAUGAAAAUUCUUUUCUGCCUCUGGUCAACAAGAUCUGGCCUGCCAUCGAAGACCGUCUCCUGGAGCAGAAGCGAGAGGGUUCACGAGAGCUACCCUACAACACUCAGGCUGCCAUUGACACGAUUGGCAUCGUCUGCGAAAAUGCGGGCCACUUCAUGUCCUCUCGAAUAGAAGAGAUAUUCUCGGAUUUGGAAAGCCUAUUUACCAGCUUAUGGACAACAGUGAAAUUGCGCAAAAGUAGUCACAAACUGACCAACUCAAGGCCUCAUGGCGGGGCUGUUGGCGGCGCAGAAGGAGGGCUUGCAUUGGUGUCCAUGCCAACAUUGUCAGAUGACAAAGUUACUCCAACCACAUUGCCACCAACCAGAACAUCAGAAGGGCAGAUACUGGAGGCAGUUGUGAAACUGCUGGUCACAAUUUUGUCGCAUGUGCGACUUUCCGAGGACAAUGCCGACAGAAUCCUAGACAUGUUGGCGCCAGUGAUGGCUACCGAUCGCUCAGGAAUGGUGCGGAAUGCAUUGGUCAUGUACAACGAUGACUUUGUCUGGCUGUUUGACCAAAGCACAAGUAAAAGUUGAGCAGCGCAAAAGGCAAGCAACAUACCCUGGAGUUCAUCUGCUGUUGGAGAAUUGCCAGUAAAGUCAAGCGACAUCCACUACUCGACUAUAGUGUAAUUGUAUUAUACCUACGCCUGGUUGAUAUUGGCCCUAU